UGAAAAUUUCAUACAUAUGUUUUUGAUAAACAAAAAAGUAAAUAAACAAAACACGUGAAUAUUACACUACUCCAAAAAUGAGUUCCUCCGACGAAUCCCACAAUUCCUCCUCUGAAGAAGAAGAAGAGGAACAGAUUCCAGAUGAACAAAGAAGUGCAAUUCGUGAAGAUUUAAAAUCCAUGACCUUUGAAGAAAUCAUGAAACUCAAGGAAGAACUUGGAGCAAAAGUGUAUAAAGAAGCAGUCUUAGGUGUAGAAACCGCAACCAAACCUAAAGGGAACAAAACUAACAAAGACUUUAAACGUUUAAAUAAAAAUCGUCCAAGGGAACAAAGUGCCAAACGCCAGGUACCCUUCUUGGGAGUUGAAAAGCGCACUAAACGUAAAAAAGAGGACAGCAUACGAGAUCCUAGAUUUGAUGAACGCGCUGGAGAAUAUGAUGUAAAAAAAUUUAAAGAAAACUAUCAAUUUGUAAGUGAAAUAAGAGAGAAAGAGGUACAUCAUUUAAAGCGCCAAUUGAAGCGGAUAGAGGACAACGAAGAGAAAGAAGAUAUUAAGAAAACCAUGCAAAGAUUAAUUAACAAAAAUGUGGAAGAUAAAAAAUGGCACAAGAAACAACAAUUGCUUAAGGAGGAACAAAAUGAAAUACAAAAAGCCAUUGCGGAAGGCAAACAACCUCAUUAUAUGACCAAAAAGGAAAGGAGAGCCAAGGAAUUGGUGUCUCAGUUUGAGGAAUUAAAACAGAAGGGCAAACUAAAUAAACACUUGGAAAAACGACGUAAAAAGAAUGUGGCCAAGGAUCGCAAACGUAUUGGUUUUGAUUAAGUUAUCUUUACUUUUGUUUUUUAAUAAAUUUUGUAUUUUUUAACAUAAACUUAGGAUAAUAAAAACAAAUUUCAAACUUAA